AUGAGGAAAACAACAAAUGAAAGGAGGAAUGAACAAGAUAUGAAAGGAGGAAUGAACAAAACAGAAAAUGAACUGUUGAAGCGUCAUUUGUUGUGUACUGUACUCUUCGCCGGUUUUCUCAACAUCGAAGUCUUUCCACUAGGCAAGGCAACGUCCAUUUUGCCAAUCCAUAUGGAUCGUAUUCUGCACAGUUAUGAACUGAUAUAUGAUGAAGUUGAAAGGAAUCCAGUCGAAGCUACAGUCGAAGAAGCUCCAGUCCAUAUGUAUGACUACGACGAGGUGGUUAGUAAGCCAAGGAUUUUCACACCACCCCUUCAGUAUCAGCGUAAUGCAUUCGUACGCGAUAUUCUCUAUACCUACAUGGAAGAUGCUGGUGAGAAAAUUCGCAAAUUGGCCGUUCUCGGUUGUGGUUCGAUGUCGUUAGAAAGAUUUCUGGUCGCUCUCAUGGGAAGCAUGGGCAUCGAGAGAGUGGUAUCUGUAGAUAUUGAUGAGAACGAAUUAGCGAAAGGAUUGAAGUUAUUGAACUUAGCAGAGAAUCAAAAUGAGAAUGUGAUAUGCAAUUCGAAUUCACUUCCGGUAUUGCUCGACGUUUAUAAAGGCGACAUUCUUGAAUAUGAUGAACGGUUAGCUGGUGCUGGAUGUGUGUGCUCCACGGAAGUAAUUGAGCACAUUCCAAAAGAGGAUGCGACACGGUAUGUGCGGUCUGUUCUCCUGAAUAUCCAACCACAAUUGUUCAUUAUUUCCACUCCGAAUCACGAAUACAAUGAAGUAUUCGGUAUGGCUCAAGGACAGUUUCGCCAUGCUGAUCAUAAAUUCGAGUUUACACGGCAACAAUUCAAAAAUUGGUAA